UUUAGUUUAGAUACUUCACACGAAGAUAUUUAGUCAUUGCGAAUUAUUUUGUGUUUCUGUCACAAGUAAUUUAUUUCUUUUUAUUUUAGAUUUAAAAAUAAACGGAUCAACAAUUUGUUUCUUAUUUAAUAAUUAAAAAAAAAAAAAAAAACGGGACCAAAAAGCACAAGAGCACUAUACCACCACAGACAAUGACAGGUGAAGGUGAGAUGAAGUUGCGCCUCCUGCUGGAUGUGUACUGUACUGCACAGUCAAAGUUACUUCAACUAAAAACAUGCAUGGGAUCAGUUUGUGUAUUUUUGAUAUUUUAUACAUUAGCUACUAGACGUUGAACUUUAGCUUUUAUUUUUUCAAUCAAAUUAUUAACAGCAAAAAAUACUAAUGAAAAUACUUGCAGCGUCUGUAUUGGGAUGUUUUCCAGACCUGCCAACCUGUUUGUUUUUACAAUUUUAUUUUAUUUUUUUAAAAUAACCUUUUUAGCACGUAAUAAUUGCCUACAUGAGUGCAUUCACUUUAUUUGUUUAAUACAAAAUUCAGAGAUAUAUGCUAUGGUGUACCAUGAAUCGGCCAAAAAAUACAGAGAUAUGAAUUUGUGCUCAUAUCACAUGGCCCAAACACAGAAGUGUACUGGAGUUUUUAUUUUAUUACAUUUUUUUUAACGGGCAUUAAAAAAAAGCAAAGUAGCAAAACCAAACUGUUUAUCUCCACUAAUACAAAACUGAAGCCCUUCAAGAUGUGAGAACUGUAACCAGAAAUUGCAUGCAAUCUUUGGAGAUAGGUUUGAAACACGUUGUUAAAGAAAUGAUACCGUGAUUAUGAUACGUUUUCAACUGAUUUUCACUCUGAAAUGGAGAUUUCUAAUGAUCCAGUAAAAUCUAAUGAAUAUAAGCCUUUUCAAAGAGUAAACAUGAAAUAAAACAAUGAACUUUAGACAGACUGUACUCAUAGCAUCUGUAAACAUUGCCUUCAGAGGUUUUGGGAAAAACAAGGACAUAAAGCAUGUCCACUCUGCAGGAGAAGAGUUUCAAAGGAGCCUCCGUUAAAUCUGAACUUGAGGAACCUGUGCAUGGCCUACCAAGAAGAGAGAAGACGGAAAUCUUCAAUAGGAGACGAAGCCGUCUGCAGCCUUCACAAAGAGAAGCUGAAGCUCUUCUGUCUGGAUGAUCAGCAGGCCGUGUGUUUGGUGUGUCGAGACUCCAGAAAACACACCAACCACAGAUUCUGUCCCAUAGAUGAAGCUCUGACCGAUAAUAAGGAGAAACUCCAGGAUUUACUGAACCACUUACAGGAGAAACUGAUCAAAUUUGAGGAUUUUAAACAGAAUUUGGAUAAAUCUGCUAAACAUAUUCAGGCUCAGGCUCAAUGCACAGAGAAGCUGAUUAAAGAAGAGUUUGAGAAACUUCACCAGCUUCUGCGUGACGAGGAAGCGAUCAGAAUUACAGCGCUGAGAGAAGAAGAGAAGCAGAAGAGUCAGAAGAUGAUCGACAGGAUCGAGGAGACCAGCAAACAGAUCGUAUAUCUCACACGCUCCAUCAGGGAUACACAGGAGCAGAUGAAAGCUGGAGAGGAUUCGUUCCUGCGGGACUUAAAGGACUCAUUGAAAAGAGGUCGGCAUGGUCUGUCGGAUCCAGAGAACGUUUCAGAAACGCUCAUCGAUGUUCCAAAACACCUGAGCAACCUCAGGUUCACUGUGUUACAGAAGAUGCAGGAAGAUAUUAAAUACACUCCGGUGACCUUGGACCCCAGCACUGCUCACAGUAAUCUCACGGUGUCUGAUGAUCUGACCAGCGUGCGGUUCAGAGAUGAGGAAAAGCUGCUUCCUGAUAAUCCCGAGAGAUUUGACAGUUGGGAGUGUGUUCUGGCUUCAGAGGGCUUCGACUCAGGACUUCACUGCUGGGACGUUGAGGUCGGAGACCUCACAAACUGGACCUUCGGUGUGAUGACCGAAUCUGCUCGGAGGAAGGGUGACAUUCUGACAGAGAAGGGACUUUGGGUUCUUGGGUACGCUUCUGGGGAAUAUUAUGCAUUCAUUACACCAGAGCAGUCGCCUCCGCUGACGGUCAAGAAUAAACUCCAGAAAAUCAGAGUUCAGCUGAACUACGAAAAAGAAAAGCUGUCCUUCAUCGAUCCUCUCAGUAACACAUCCAUUCACACUUUUACACAGAAGUUCACUGAGAAAGUCUACCCAUGGUUUGGUCUUCGCUGUGAUGUCUGUCCUCUGGUGAUCUUACCAGUCAACUGAAGAAAUCAUUUAGAGACGAAACGAAUAAAGAUGACUCCCAUUUUAACUUUAAAAUAGAGUUUGUUUCGUGAGCGUUUGUAAAUCAGUUCACUCUGACAUGUUUUAAUGUUUGAUUCUGUGUCUUAAUCUGAACUAUUUUAAAAGGCAUCUAACACAUUUCUUAAAUUAUCAUUAUUAUACAGUUUAAUGAUAUAUAUAUAUAACAUUCUUUUUCUGUGAAGCUGCUAUGCUGCAUCUGUAUCAUAAAAAGCAAUGCACAAAUAAACACGAGUUGAUU